AGCUAAAAAGAAAAGUACUGGUAAUAUGGCUUCUGAAUCCGAGGUUAGUAAUGUUAGCAAAGGAGUUAGGUGUCAGAUCUUGGACUGGUUUUCCCCGACAGAUAUCUUUGUUGGUGAAGGAGAGUUUUGCUGUGCUGAACCUCAGUAUAAGAUUGGCCGUAUCCCACUAGGUCCUAAUGCUGCAGCUAUAAUCAUCAAGUCUGUAGUAGACCCAGAAGCAUGUGUUUGGAGGCCUACGUCAGAUGUAUUCUCCCUAUCACAAGCUGUAGGAGUCAAAGUAGCAUGGCCAGCUGAUAAAUUGAUAUUGGAUGACGGAUUUGACAACCAAGAUGAAUCUCAUAAUACUGAUGGAUCAAAGGAUCCUAGAACAGAUGACCAACAUGAUAGUUACAAAAUUUUGGAUUGGAAUCGGGAUGAAGUUAUUGCUGAGGGUGUUGUGUGGUCGACUGAUCAAAAAGAGCUGGUCAACAAUAUUCCUAUUGGUCCAAAUGCUGUUGUUAUGCAAGUUUAUCAGGUGAUUAACCCUACUGCUUAUCUGUGGAGACCAAGUUCUGAAAUGUAUGUGAUGGGUGAUGCACUUAAUGAGAAGAUCGCAUGGCCAAUCGAUAGGAUAGAGUUAUUGAAUAUAAAUGCACAAGAAGAAAUACGAAGAAAGUCUUCACAGAGUACUGCAAGUAACAACACCGGUACUAGCAAAGAUGCUAAGAAGAAGUGCAUUUUGUUAGAGUGCAAUAACUCUGGACGCAAAGUUGCAGAAGGCAGAGUAUGUUCAACUAAUACAACAGAUGUUGUCCAUCAUGUCCCAAUUGGUCCUAAUGCCAGCAAAGUAUGGGUAGAAGUUUCGAAGAUUGCUAUGGAUUCCAAAGAUGAGCUAGUGAAACAACAUGCCAAAGUUGCAGAGAAUGCUGUUGCUGGGUGGGAGAAAGCUGAGAAUGAAGUGGUUGAGCUGAAGCAAAAGCUUGAGGAUGCGGCUGAUAAGAACAUUGUGUUGGAAGAUAGGGUAAGUCAUCUUGAUGGGGCACUCAAGGAGUGUGUUAGACAACUAAGGCAGUUUAGAGAUGAACAAGAGAAGAAAAUUCAAGAAGCUGUGACUGAGAUGAACAAGAUGAAGAGGCAUUCUAUGUAGAGGAGAUGUAUUGGUCUUGUAUUUUUAAUUUUAGUAUUUUUAUAAAAGUUUUUGUAUAUUAUUUCAUGUAAUAAUGAUAAUAAAAUAUUGUAUUUUUU